AUGGCGGCGCCCAACUUUGAAGCCAUGGCCGGGAAGUGGAGUCGCAGCACCAUGAAGGCAACCUGCAGUGGCUCGAGCUCGACGACCAGCGGUAGAAGGGAGUGCCCCUUUUGCCAUGUUGCUUUGAAUGAUGAUAGUACCUGCCCAUACAUCCGCUCUGUGAAGGAGUAUAUGGCCUUGGAAAUAGAGGAACGGAGGGUGCAGUCAGUGAAGGAUGCAGCUGGUGUUUGUUGCGCCGAUUUGAAGGAAGAAUUGGAACUGGUGAAGCAAACACUGGAUAGUGUUGUAGUAGAGGUUUGGAAAAUAAAGAUGCUACAUGUUGAGGUGAUGCCUGCAGUGAAGUCUGAAGUUGACAACAAGAACAUGCCUACAGUGAAGCCUAAACUCGACAACAAGAACAUGCAGAUUGUGCUUGAUUCUUCUUUUGUAGCCGCUGUCUUUGUAGGAUUUGUCGGUGUUCUGCUUGGUUUGCUUGUGGCUGCAAUGUGGAAGUGA